AUGCGACAAACGACAUCAAUGAUAGCUUUCUCGAUACUUUUGGCGCUAAAAAUAGCCCCAAUGACGUCAUUGUUGUGCCAGAAAUGUAACAGCGAUGACGACAUCCUCUGCAGAGAUGCGAAAAUAGUUGCGAACUCCAGCAGUGAUGAGGUGUGUCGGGUGGAUGUUGAUGGCGGCUCGUGUGUUUAUAAAACUUAUCUGGACGAGCGACCGGCUACUUCCCCCACCAUCAUCACCACCACCAUCACGGCCGCCACCAUUAACAUCAACAAAAAAAUAAUCCGCACCUGCUCCAACCGACUACGUCCCAACGAGACUGACGUCACACGUAACGUGACCGGCCUGCUGACGUGUCGCUGCUCUAGCGGCGAUUUUUGUGACGCCGGAAGUGAGAUGAUGGAAAUGAUGGCCGGCCAGGACUUCCGGGGCAUCGUGGGUGAGUUUAAAUCCGCCUGCAAUGAAUUAGCACUAUCUGUUGAUGACCAGUUUUAUAAUAAUAAUAAUAAUAACGAUAGUGAAGAGGAUGGAGAGGAAAUACACUGCAACCUAAUUGUAUCCACGGAAGAUAAAAUAUUUAUCGAACCCGAUCUGGAGAGAUGGCAGAGUGUGAAGAAGUUCAUUUUACGUUCCGACAAUGCGCCUGAGAACAAAGAGGCCAACGAGGGUAAAGUUGGUGAAUGCCUGAUCCUGAAAAUGGACCAAACGCUUCUAGAGAAUGAGAGUCAACGACUUGGAAAUCUGGAAAAAACCUCUAAACCUGGAAAAGAAUCACUAAAAUCAGCUGAGGAAAAAAAGGUCAACUUGACGCUGAAAGGAGAUAUGCCUUUGCUAAAUAGGGAUGUACCUAAGAAAAAUUUAAACAAUGCUAUAGACAGGGAUGUGCUUGAAAGAAAAUUAGACUACGCCAUGACCCAGCUGUUUAUCUACAAAAUGAAACUUGCUAAACUGGAAGGCGAGAGGAGACGCCAGCAUGAACAGCACCUGAAUGACGCUACAAAGACUAUGAGGGAUUUCAGACGGUGCCAGUAUUUGAAUAAAAAAUUUGAGAUCAUUAAUAAUAGAUUGCUGAAGUGCAUUAGGGCUAAAACUUCUACUGCUGCUGCUACUAGUAAUACUAUUACUACUGCUGCUGCUGCUGCUGUUUCUUCUACUACUACUACUACUACUACUACAAAACCUAAAACGAAAGAUUAUUAUAACAAUUUGCUUUUGCCAGGAAUGCAUUUUGAAAAUCAUUAUCUCAACUAUGAAAAUGAUCAAUGA